AUGUCCCACGACCACCAUCCACAGCCGCACUCGCCGGAAACCCAGAUCGAGCCGCAAGAGAACGCAGCGCCUUCAUAUGCCAUCCCGCCGCACACAGCAAAGCAGCAGCAAGCGGCUGGCCUGACGCCGGUGCAACGAUGGGCGAUUCGAGCGUCCGACUCCCAGUUCAACGCCAUUGCCGGCGCCGUCGGUGGCUUCACAUCAGGUGUCGUCACAUGCCCGCUGGAUGUCAUUAAAACUAAGUUGCAAGCACAACGCAGCUUGCGGAUAGGAGAAAAGAGCAGUCGACAAUUAUAUAACGGCCUGAUCGGCACGGCCAAAGUCAUCUGGAAGGAAGACGGCCUCCGCGGCAUGUACCGUGGGUUAGGGCCCAUCAUCUUAGGAUACCUGCCUACAUGGGCAGUCUGGUUCACAGUGUACAAUAAGUGCAAGGUAUACCUUGGCCAACAUCACGAUAAUCCCCACAUCGUCAGCUUCUGGUCUUCCAUCAUUGCUGGCGGCAGCAGCACCAUUGCCACAAACCCAAUCUGGGUCAUCAAAACUCGUCUCAUGUCACAGAGCAGCCCUAAUGCCACAAGGCAUCAUUAUCAUCACGACAUUCCUAAAUCCUCCAACACGCCCACCGCCAGACCUACCGCCCAGUCGACAUGGCAUUACAGGUCGACUCUAGAUGCAGCCCGCAAGAUGUACAGCUCCGAGGGCCUGGCUUCCUUUUACUCCGGCCUCUCACCAGCACUGCUCGGCCUGACACACGUCGCUGUUCAGUUCCCUACAUACGAAUUCCUUAAAAAGACGUUUACCGGCCAAGGCAUGGGCGAAUCGCCGGCGGCUGGUCAGGAUGCGCACUGGAGCGGCAUCCUGUCCGCGUCUAUUCUCUCUAAAAUCCUUGCUAGUACCGCAACGUAUCCUCACGAAGUCAUUCGAACACGACUACAGACACAACGCCGACCCGUAGCUUCGGGCCAAGCCAACGGGGCAUCAGCUCCCAAGCCAGCAGAACCGAAAUACAGAGGAAUUGUACACACAUUCCGCAUUAUCUUACACGAGGAGGGGUGGAGAGCAUUUUACGCCGGACUAGGCACCAACAUGAUGCGUGCGGUGCCUGCGGCCACCGUCACCAUGUUGACAUAUGAAUACAUUAUGCGCCAGCUGACACUGACCCGUCAAGAGGCAGCAGCAUUGCUGGAGGAGCAGACGUCGACUCCUUGA